UACAUACCAAAUGCAAAAAUACUUCACUAGCUACUACUACAAAAACCUCUCUCUUUUCACUACCAAAAAAAAAUGGAAAUUUUCAAAAAUGAAAAAUCCCAUGUUCUUAUUGCAAUAUUUCCAGGCCAAGGUCAUAUUAAUCCAUCCCUUCAAUUAUCCAAACAAUUAAUCAAAUUAGGGAUUAAAGUCACUUUAACCACAAGCCUAUCAGCUUUCAAUAAAAUUAAAAAUCUUCCAAAUAUUGAAGGAUUAAGCUUUGCUCCUUUCUCUGAUGGCUAUGAUGGUAAUUUUGAAGGUUCAUUUGAGGAAUUUCAUUUAUUCUAUUCUUCUAUAAAAUCUCUUGGGUCAGAAUUUAUUUUCAAUUUGGUUAAAUUAAAUUCAACAAAUGGUACCCCUAUUACACAUGUUAUUUACACUGUAGUUAUGGAAUGGGCUUGUUUAGUAGCAAAAAAAUUUAAUAUCUCAUCGACAUUAUUUUGGAUUCAACCAGCUACAGUUUUUGAUAUUUAUUAUUAUAGAUAUACUAAUUAUUCUGAUUAUUUCAAGAAUUGUGAUUCUAAAGAUAAAAUAAUUGAGUUACCAGGAUUACCACCACUUAGUCCAAUUGAUUUACCUUCUUUUGUUUUUGAUGAUGUGGAGUGUAAUAAUUGGGCAACUGAGUCUAUUAAAAUGCAAAUGGAGAUAUUGAAUAAUGAAAAAAAUCCAAAAAUUCUUGUCAAUACUUUUGAUGAUUUGGAAUUUGAUGCUUUGAGGAUUUUAAAAAAUAAUGUGACUAUGGUUGCAAUUGGACCUUCAAUUCCUCUACAUUUUCUUGAUGAUAAUUCAUUUGGAGCUGAUAUGAUUGAGAUUAGGUCAAAUAAUUAUAUGGAUUGGUUGAAUUUAAUGACUAAUAAAUCAGUUAUUUACAUAGCAUUUGGUAGUUACACUGAAAUAUCAAGUCAAUUAAUGGAGGAAAUUGGUCAAGGGCUAUUGAAAUGUGGAAGACCAUUUUUAUGGGUGAUUAGGGAAGGGCAAAAUGGGGAAAAAAUGGUGAGUUGCAAAGAUGAAUUGGAAAAGAAAGGGAAGAUAGUGAAUUGGUGUUCGCAGGUGAAAGUACUAAAACACCCUUCGGUAGGAUGUUUCCUGACUCACUGUGGCUGGAACUCGACUCUGGAGGGCAUAGCUUCUGGAGUACCCCUCGUGGCGUGUCCUAUAUGGAAUGAUCAAAUAUGUAACGCGAAGCUCGUUCAAGAUGUCUGGCAGACUGGCGUCAGAGUGAAUGCUGGUGAAGGUGGUAUAGUUGAAAGAAAUGAGUUUGAGAGGUGUAUAGAGAUCGCAAUGAAAGACGAAGAAUUGCAAAAGAAUGCAAAGAAAUGGAGGGAUUUGGCUAAGAAAGCUAUGGGGGAAAAUGGUUCAUCAAAUGUAAAUCUCAAAGCUUAUGCUAAUGAGUUUUUACUUAACCAUAGUUGUUAAAAUAAGAAAAUGAAUCCUUUUUUUCUCAUAGUAGAUUGUCUAUUUUUAAUGUUGAGAGUAAAUAAUGAGUCACUCAAUUGAUGAUUACUUUAAGAAAAUAGCUAAGGAAUUGCAGUUUGUAAGAAAAUAUUGAGUUUUGAAUGAAAAAGAUUGUUCAUUCAAUUUUA